GGGGCCAUGGGGCCACCACCAGCCGCCGGAACAAAGACCUUUUUUAUUCUUCCGAGGAUAUGGCGGUCUCCUGAGUACGAAUAUACGACAGCCUACAGAGUCCAAGCCGGUGGUCUUGCGGCUUGUAUUCACUUGCUUUUCUUCACACGGUCACUGUUAUCCUUAUCAUUUGGCAUAACCACUGCAUAUCAGCACCAUGACACAUUGGAUAAAAUGCAGAAAUUGUUUACAAAAAAGAAUGGGAGUGUUCGCUCCAAUGUGUACGCAAGAAUCAAAACUCAUGCGAAGUCAAGGACUGAAUAAAGGAGCUUGCCACCAAGGAACAAACCUCCAUAUUAUGUAUUCUUGUCGCCAACGGAGAUUUGUCGUUCUCGAGUCACAAAGUCAGAACAUAUCUACCAGGUAGACUGUAUAUACACUGGCAGGACAAUUGUGGUAGACCUGACAUCGUGGGUCAGCCAGCGCCUUUCACCUUCAAGUUACAUCGGCUGCGGAAACUUGAACUUGACAAAGUGGUCUUUUUAAUCCGGGGAACGUGCGCAACGUUCUCGACUCUCCUACCUACUACUAGUAACGUCAACAUGCGGACCAGACAAGACCUCACCCAAACACCCCGUCUUACCUCCGUCGACUAAAUCGUACAGCAUCUGCGUUCUGCGGCGCACGGCGGCAACAAUGUACAUCCUCCCCGUCCUAGGCUACAUCGGCCUAAUCCUAGGCUUCGGGUUCCUCACUCUAUCCAUCGCAUCGGGCCUCUACUACCUAUCCGAACUGGUCGAAGAGCACUCAGUCUUCAGCGCGAAACUGCUGCGCCGGCUCAUCUACGCCGUGGUCGCUAUCCAAAUUCUCCUAUGGCUCGUCGACGGCUUCCCCUGGCACCUGGUACUAUUCGGAGUCGCGAGCCACUUUGUCUACGCCAUCAACCUGCGGCAUUUCCCUACCGUUAAACUGUCCGAUCCUUUCUUCCUGCUGAGUUGCGCGCUGGUCAUCUUAAACCAUUGGCUGUGGUUCCGCCAUUUCAGUGAACCUACCGUGCCUGGAGGAUACAGAGGCGCUCCUCCUAGCAGUCGACGGGACUGGUACUCGGCGCCGCCGGUCUACGAUCAGCCAACGUUCACGGAGAUCGCGUCGUACUUUGGCAUUUGUGUUUGGUUGGUGCCGUUUGCCUUGUUUGUCAGUCUGAGCGCGGGCGAAAAUGUCCUUCCGAGCAUGGGUUCCGAAUAUGCCACGGGCGAAAGAGAUGGCGUGGGAUUGAACAGACGGAAAAACACGGGUAUGGCGAAGGCUGCUUUGGGCGGUGUAAAGGAUUGGUUGAAUGAGACGGGCGCUGUGUUGGGGUUGUGGCAGGCUGAUAAUGUGCGGAAUCUGAGGGCUCUCGAUUGAGUUACGACGGGGGCUAUACUAGGGAAAACAGAUGCUCAAUGAACACCGAAAGAGCCAUGCGGCACGCAAUGCAUCGGUCGAUGAGAUCGCCGCAUUGUCUACCUCCUGGUGACGAAACGGCUUUGGCGCAGCACUUACAGUAUUCGAAGACGAUCAACUAUUCUAUCACAUACAUUGCGAUAUAGCCAACUUUUGGUGCAAUCCCAGCAGCACAGGCAUCGACUUUUUGCUUGUGUCAACUCAAGGGCUGGACGGAACAACCGAUCACUUCAAGAGAUCUGCAAUCCUGCUAUGCGAGACUUGCUGCGUCCCAUCUCGUGGGUGUGGUUUGUCGCAAAGGAUGCAGUGCUCACAGCUGAAGCAAUCGGGCACGAGUUCUGGGAAAGCAGCUACACUCCGCAUCCAAGAUCAUCUCCACAGGAUCUUGCAGACGUCCAAGGCGCGAGCAAACACGCAGUUCUCCUCAGCCAACAAGUCAGUGUCCGUGCUCUCGGCAAACUCGCCGCCAACCUGUCGAUAUUUGCUAGCCGCCAUUGCGGUCAAUGCGGAGCGCAAAACGCAGAACGGCUGGGGUUUGGUGCCUCUCGGAACCGGGACCCUGGCCAGCAAUGGGCGAGAAUAGUGUGUCCCUGUCGGCUCAUUGGGUUCGCCACUUGGACAAUUGGUAGCAGCGGAGUUUGACUGAUACCUCCGGCAUCAGUUUUACUGACAUUAGUCACCCGCGGUGCUCAUGAUCGGUGAUACACUAUCUCAAUGUUCAGGAGAACAACAUGUUUUUUCUCCGAGAAUGAACCUUUGGGGAUCCGUCCAAAUGCGCAGGGGACAUCAACGAAGUGCAUCAUAGCAGGUUCAGGCACGGCGAGGGCACCAUUGGGACGACAUAGUGUCAUUGAGCGAACGGCGGUGCGAGCUUUGGGCAAAGUUAAGGAGACAUCACCCUGGAGGUCUACUUCAAACUGGGGGCCGUGCUACAGUAGCAACAGUAGCAACAACCCCCCGAACCAUCUCGAAUGAUAUGACAAAAUGAGUACCUGAGAUAGUAGUAGUUUGGUGAUGUAUUUGCUGAAAGAAUAGUAUGAGGUUGUUCACCUGUAAUGCGUGUGGAAUCGCAACAGCCAGGCCGAGGGCGCUGGUUUCGACCUGG